GUCUUCCCCCGAAGCACUUCCUAUUGGCCUUGGGCUCUGUGGCCAACCAUUGGUUGUGGCAGGUUUGGUAGCGAGGAUUGGAGGGCGGGAGCCGUGCUGGUUUAAGAUCGGUAAAAUUGCUGUUAGCCCCGCCUCAGAACCCGGAAGUAAUCUCUCAGGUUGACUCACGUGUGGUGAGCAAACGCUUGUUCAGAUGCGCGGCUGGGUCGUCCCGUUUGCGGAAUGACUGACUCCCUAGCUUCCCGCCUUCACCAAGCGACUCUGACCCAUUGAGGGCUGCUUUUGAGGCCGCGUGGAUCGGUCGAGGGAGGUCCUCGCAGCUUCCCGUCAUCUAAGCUCUGCCUCAUGGAGUCUACCUUCAGCAGUCCCGCAGAGGCGGCGCUGCAGCGGGAGGCGGGGACCGCGGGGCUGCUCACUCCUGAUGCGGACCUGGACCGAGUGUACGAGCUGCAGCGAGUCGUCGAAUUUGUUCGUGACCUGGGGUGUCAGCGGGUGGCCUUGCAGUUCCCUGACCAGCUAUUGGGAGAUGCUGAGGUUGUGGCUGCGCGACUGGAGGAGACUACAGGGUCGAAAAUGUUCAUUCUGGGGGACACAGCCUAUGGCAGCUGCUGUGUGGAUGUGCUGGGUGCUGAGCAAGCUGGAGCUCAGGCCCUUGUACAUUUUGGCCCUGCCUGCUUAAGCCCUCCAGCCCGCCCACUGCCGGUGGCCUUUGUCUUUGGUCAGCGUUCUGUGGCCUUGGAGCUCUGUGCCAAAGCCUUUGAGGCCCAAAACCCAGACCCCACAGCUCCUGUGGUGCUGCUGAGUGAGCCGGCCUGUGCCCAUGCCCUGGAGGCGUUGGCCACUCUCCUGCGCCCACGGUACCUGGACCUGCUUGUCUCCAGCCCAGCUCUUCCCUGGCCAGUGGGCUCCCUCAAUUCAGAGCCUGAGCCCCUGGAGCGUUUUGGGCGUCGCUUCCCCCUGACCCCAGGGAGGUGCCUGGAAGAGUAUGGUGCUUUCUAUGUAGGAAGCUCUGGGGCCAGCUCUGACCCUGACCUCGACCCUGACCUGAGCCGGCUGCUCUUGGGCUGGGCACCAGGGCGGCCCUUCUCCUCCUGCUGCCCAGACACAGGGCGGACUCAGGAUGAAGGUGCCCGGGCUGGGCGGCUAAGAGCACAAAGACGAUAUCUGGUAGAGAGGGCCAAAGAUGCUCGUGUGGUAGGGCUGCUGGUGGGCACAUUGGGUGUGGCCCGACACCGUGAGGCACUGGCACACUUGCGGAAACUGACUCGGGCUGCUGGCAAGCAUAGCUAUGUGUUAGCUCUGGGGCGGCCCACACCUCCCAAGCUUGCCAACUUCCCUGAGGUAGAUGUCUUUGUGCUGUUGGCCUGUCCUCUUGGUACCCUAGCUCCCCAGCCUUCUGGUAGCUUCUUCCGGCCUGUAUUGUCACCAUGUGAGCUGGAGGCUGCCUGCAACCCUGCCUGGCCAUCUCCAGGCUUGGCUCCUCACCUCACACACUACGCAGACUUAUUGCCUGGCUCUCCCUUCCAUGUGCCCCUCCCGCCACCUGAAUCGGAACUGUGGGACACCCCAGAUGUGUCACUCAUUACUGGGGAGCUCCGACCCCCACCUGCCUGGAAGCCAUCAAAUGAUCCUGGAUGCUCAGCCGUGACCCCGCGGCCUCAGCUGGAGCUGGUUGAGAGCAGCCCUGCAGCCUCUUUCCUUAGUUCCAGGAGCUGGCAAGGGCUGCAGCCUCUCCUGGGUCAGACACCAGUGACAGGAGCUGUGAGUGGAAAACGAGGAAUUGCCAUAGCCUAUGAUGAUGAGGGAAGCAGCUGAUACCAUGUGGAGACAGAGACACAGAUGGACUUAAGAAUCACAGCUAACUCUUCCAGUCCCAGGUGCUUUGGGAGCUGUGGGCUUCAGUGCAGAUAUGGCCAAGUCCAGGAACCACACCAUGCACAACCAGUUCUGAAAAUGGCACAGAAACAGCAUCAAGAAGGAAGUAGACCCCAAGUUCCUGAGAAACAUACACUUUGCCAAGAAGUACAACAAGAAGGGCCUGAAGAAGAGUCAGGUCAACAAUGCCAAGGCCAUGAGCACACUCACUGAGGCUAUCAAGGCCCUCAUAAAGCCUAAGGAGGUCAAACCCAAGAUCCCAAAGAGCAAUAGCCGCAAACUCAAUUAACUUGCCUACAUCACUCACCCCAAGCUUGGGAAAUGUGCUUAUGUUAGCAUUGCCAAGGGUCUCAGGCUCUGUUGCCAAAGGCCAAGGCAAGGCUCAAGCCAAGCCUCAGGCUGCAGCUAUAGCUGUAGCACAGGCUCAGGCUUCCAAAGGUGCCCAGACCCCCAUGAAGGCUCCACAGUAGAGGCCUCUGUCUGCCGAUGUGAGGGCAGAAGGACUGGUGACCCCUGGGCUGCUUCUGCAUGGAGCUGGUGUCCUCCUGUGCUAUUUGUACAAAUAAACUUGGGGCAGGAUCUGUAAAAAAAAAUAAUAAUAAUAAUCACUGCUAAGACCUUUUAGUGCUCCCUGUACCAACCUCACCCCUCUGCCAGGAUCUUUGAAGGAGCCUGGAUGGAGGGAGGGCAGGCAGCCUCUCACUGAGGAUAGGAUCCAGCUUUGCCUUGUUCUGGCACUGGCACAAGGCUUAGCACAUACUGGCUUAGUAAAUGUCUGAUGUUUGAUGGGGACCGAUUUGGAGUAUUCCUAAAGGCUUCUAGGCCCAUCUGUUCUGGGAGCAGCCCAGGACCUCUGGCUAAUCCCAGUUCUGAUGUGCAGUUGAGGGUCUGCCCUUUUCAAAGGCAGAUUAUAGAUGGUCUAGACCAGGGUUUCUCGGCACAACUGACAUUUUGGGCCAUGUAAUUCUUUGUUGAGAGCGGCUGUUUGCAUUGUAGCAUGUUCAGCAUCAUCCCUGAUUUCUUCGCACUAGACGCCAGUAGCAUACCCCUUCCCAAUUGUGAUAAUCAGAAAUGUCUCCAGAUGUUGACAAAUGUGCCCUGUGGGGGCAAUAUUGCCUCCAGAUGAGAACCGCUGGUCUACACCUGUGCCAUCCAGUAUACCAGCCAGUAGACACAUGGCUACUUAAACAUAGUUUAACUGAGAUUAAAAACUCAGUUUCCUUCCCUGGCUGAGUAGCUCAGUUGAUUAGGGCAUCAUCCUGAUAUGCCAGCCACGGUUGCAGGUUCCAAUGAAUGUGUGAAUGGGUGGAGCAACAAAUCAAUGUUUCUCUCCCCUUUUCUCUAAAAAAAAUUAGAAAAUCAAUCAAUAAAAAAUAUAAGAGGUUAACACAGGUAUAGGACAUUUCCUUCAUCACAGAAAGUUCUGUUGGAGCCCAGCCAGGCGUGGCU